CCCAAAAAGAAAAAAACGGAUUUCAGAUUAUCUAAUUGAGCAAUUAAGCCAUAACAGAAAAAACAAAACAAGAAUUGGAGCAGAAGAAAAAAAAUUGCAAAAAUGCGGGAAUUAUUUUUUCUAUUUUUAAUGCUGUGGGGCCAGCUGUGUUGGGCUUCCCAUGAAAGGAGGGAGGAGGAGGUGGGGGUAGAAGCCCACACAGAAACUCCGCCACAACUGGUGGCCGUGUCCGCCUCCGAGGCCACUCUACUCACGCCACCACCCACAGGACCCCUCAUGGAUUUCACUUUAGAAGAUCAAGAUGCGGGAUUUUCAAAACUAAACAAAAAAUCCGCAUCACCAUCACCACAAAAUGAUACGAAAACCAAUCGCACAAAGAGUCGUUAUAAAAUCGCGAAAAUUUCCACCAAUUGUUCGAGAAGCUCCUUCGAGAUGCAUAUUGAAAUGAAUUUGCCCUUUCAUGGUUUACUCUAUGCCAAAGAGUUUCCCCAGGAGUGUAGGGCCAGGGGUACAUCGGAAACGAAUAUCACUUUGAGAUUACCCACCUCAGGUUGUGGCGUAAGGGUGGAACCACGUUCAGAUGGUUCGAUGGAGUUGUCGGUGCGCAUUAUGAUGCAAAUGGAGGAGAAGCUGAGACAAAGUUCGGAUAUUUUGAGAACGGUUAAGUGUACGCUGCCACAGAAUGCCAUGGGCAUGAAUUUGUCCAUGGACGAGGAGCGGAAAUUGAGGGGCAAUAGCAGACAUGGUCGCAUGCAAGCCACAACGUCACAUACUUUCAAUAAAUCCACAUUGAUAAAACAUCACCUGAAUGUGGCCGGGUUCAGUGAAACUGAUAAUGAUAACGAUGCGGCGGCAUCCUCACCCUCUUUAACACCUCAUCACAAACACACAAAUGCCGGUCAUCAGACAUCGGCAUCCUCAUCUACACCUCGAGUGCGCAUUUGGCUUGAAUUGGGCGGCCCAGAUGGUUCGGGUUCAGUGGUGGUUGGUCAAGCAACAACAUUGACCGUAAGGGCCGUUGUUCCCGGUACCAUGGGUUUGAAAAUUGUCGAUUGUGCUGCUCUGGAUGGUUUGGGUGAGUCGACGCAACAGUUACUGGACGAGAGAGGUUGCCCAAUUGAUGAGCAGGUCAUGCCUGCCCUGCACACCACCAUCAAACCGGCCGAAGAGGGUUGGUCCAAACUCGACGAAGAGGAUUUGGUGGAGAAAACCUAUACUGCGACAUUUCCAGCUUUCAAAUUUCCGGAUCGAGAACGUCUACACGUCAGCUGUGGCGUUCAACUGUGCAAAGGACGUUGUCCCAAUGUAAAUUGCCGUACCAGCGAAAAAUUAAUACUAAGCACCGAUAAACAUUUGGCACGCAUUGAAGUUUUUAAUUCGCUGGCCGUGACAGCGCCACAAAUUGAGGUGGAUCGUUUGCGCUACGAUAGGCGACACAAUAUGAGUGCAGAAGAAUAUCCACCCUAUGUCCGGCCUCUGAUCAACGAUGGCACCCUGUGUUUAUCCGUCUCGAAAUUGGCCAUGUCCUUUUGUGUAUUGGGUUUGAUAUUUUUGAUAGCUGUCAUUGUGGCCAUAACGUCAUUGAUACGUUCCCGCCGACGUAUUGCAGCCAUACACAAUUGUGGCAGCCUAUCGAAUAAUAGCAGCCGACUGCAUCGGGCCGAGGUGUGUACAUCGAUGUUUAGUUCAAGCAGUGAAUCAGCCCAAUCCGCUAGAUUUGGUACAAAAUUCUUUAUGCCUUAUUAUCCGAAUACACUGCCGUAUGGUAGAGUAUAUUAAUUAGUUUAAAUUAGCACUUAAGUUAGUUGAGACGCGAGAAAUGUGUGUGGGAAUUCCGAGAAUCCCCCUCAUAUCCCAAUCCCAAUUAGUUUGUAGCUACUGCAUUUAUAAUGUAGUCUAAAUAUAUGUGUGUGUGUAAAAGAAAAUGCAAUGUGUGGCCAUCAUGCUUUACUCUGAGUCCAGAGCAUUGCCAUCCUCAGUCAAAUCAAGUGAUUUUACAACACAGAGUUGCCAUUUGCAACUGCAUCCUUUUAUGAUGGCGGCAAUGUUGCAAGGCAAAGUAAAGCAUGUUUACAUUAAAAUCAAUGUUUUUGUGAUACCUAAGAACAAAUUUAAUGUAAAUACGGCCUCAUAUUGCAUUUCCAAUUUGUAGAAGUGGAAGGUCAAGGCAAACGACAGGUAAUUUCAAAAUGGAUAAAAGUUGAAAAAAAAACAUUGAAGCUUUUUUCCGUAGAAAUUUUAUUUCUAACAAUAAAAUUCAUUUAUU